AAUGUCAUUGACAAUCACCGUACUAGGGUAAUUAGCAAGUAGGUACAUACAUACAUAGCAUGAUUUUUGGAAAUGGUAAUAAAAAAAAAUUGGAGUACACGUUUUGACGAUAAUUAUUUUCGACAGUUAACCAUCAAAAAUUGUUUAACAUCGUAAAAUUCUGCCAACAAAAUUUGUUUUAUUUUCAUUAGACGUGUCCUACGAUCCACGAUUCCCCCAAAAGAGACACAGAAAAGCUCACUCACGAGCUAAAUUUUCAUCAAACUUUUAUGCAAAAAUGCUUCAAAAAUGUGUCUUAUUGUUCAUAGUUGUUCUAAUCAAUUUGUUUUUCAUCAUUGAUUCACAUAAAACAAAACCGCAGGAGUCAUGUCCAUAUUUUCCAUCAACACCUCCACCGUACAAAGCAUAUAGUCCCAUAAAUAUUAUAACUAAAAAUGUCAUCCCAGCCAACGUAUCAACUCCAGUCAAUUUAAGAGAUGGGGUACUUGGUCCGCUUUUUGUUAUAAAUACUGGAUAUGCGUUUGAAGCUUAUAGUACCCCUGCAGAUAUUCCAGCGGCGAUAAUUUACGGAGGAGUACUCUGUGGAAACGAGUACAAAUUUCAUAAACUACGAGCUUAUGUCUCUCAAGAUCCGAAUGGAAGAAGCUUUAAUCAAAUCGAUGGAAAAGGAUCGCCGCUAUCAAUCGCUUUGCAUUACUACAAAGCUGAAUAUGGAUCCUUCGAAGAAGGACUCAAACAUCCAGGAGAUGGGGUGCUUUUAGUGAAUUACAUGAUCACACACGGCCCAGUGUACAAUAUAUUUUUUAUUCUGCCUCAAAUUGCCCUGCUGCUUUUUAGAAUUCCUGGAUUUGGAAUAUACUUCGCACCUGCGAUUUUACUCUACGCUUGGUUCAAUAUCAUAUUCAUAAUUAACGAAUACUACGCCUUUUAUGGCUCUUAUUUAGACCUCGAGACUGGUAUUGAAUAUCCAAACGUUAUUCAAAUUCAAACCGCUGGUAUAUAUCCUCUUUUGACAAAAUCUCAAUUGAAAGCUUUCCAAUCAUUGAUCAGCAUAAAUGGCACUUUGUUAGAAACUGUAGCACCUCUUCACACUCAAAACCAACCUGUUUAUUUGGGAAAAGGAUACACGGAAACUUAUUCUUUAAUCUAAACAUUCAAUGGACAUUUUCUGUAAUUGCAAUAAAAUUAUAUCUACUUUGUGCAUUCGUUUGACAAGUAAAGAGGAAAACUAUUCAACGAUUUUCAAGGG